GUGAUUACAUUGAUUGUUUUCCCUGUCAUCGUUGUGUCAUCAAAGUCCAAGCAACGUGUGAGUCACACGUUGCUCGUCACAUUAUCAGUUUAUUUGCAUAAUCGUUGUCAGAUUAUCCACAGAGAUCCGUGAGAGUUCAUGCGCUUUCGUACCGUGCACAUGGGCAUGGUUACAAACAGUCGCAAGUCCGGACUCUUCUGACGUGAGAGUCCUGCGUUCUCUUCUUUCGAGGAUAUGGCAAAGGCAAAACCGGAUGACUUGGAUGAGUUGGACUGGGUGACGGUACGCGAUGAGCUGGACAGUAGUUAUGCUCCCGAGACGAUAUUGCAGAAGGCAAAGCGUAAAACGCAAGAGAAUCCGUUCGUACCGAUAGGAGCGUUGGCAACUACAGUGGCUCUGAGCGUUGGACUCAUUAGUUUUUACAGGGGAAAAAGUAAUAUGCAACAAUACAUGAUGCGUGCUCGAGUUGGUGCUCAAGCAUUUACCAUUAUUUGCAUGGUGGCAGGAUUUAUCCUGCUGCCCAAGUCGAAUUGAUAUUAAUGCAAUACUGAUUCACGAGUGUUAUUGUCUAUUGUAAUAUGUAAGGUAUUUGCACUCGUCGAAUUGAGUACUAUAUACGUAAUACGAGUCAAUGUUUUUUGUUUCAUAUAAUUUAGUAGAGAUCAUUUCUGUACGUAUUGUACAGUAUGUAAAUAUUUUUAUAUAUAAAAAUAUACUUAAUUACACUUAUUGAUGCAAAUCGUAAAUGGGUAUUUUUAUUAAACGAAUGUCCUUAAUUUUAUAUUAUUGGUAUAACGUUUAAGAAAAAUAUUUCAAUAAGUUCAAUAAGUCUCUAACCUUUUAAAUUACAGGAUGGUUGCAGGAUUUUUGAAAAAGCAAGCAAUUAAUUAAUUAUAUAGUUAUAUAUUAUUAUUACCAUUGCAUUAAAUACUAUGUACCAUGUAUAUAAAUAUAUAUGUGUAUCAUUACAACUG